AUGGGAGAUGGAGGAGGGUGUUUGGAAGCUGACCUCGCUAACCUCGCUAGAAACGCAUUCAAGGUGUAUGGAAAAGCGGCUCAUCGCAAUUUGGUAGAGCCCCGACGUGCUAGAUAUGCUCGUUUGGACGACAAGUACAGGAGCUACAUCGACUCGUUCUUCCUCGCCCAUCUAGACAAGAUUGAGAACGCUAUUGAAGACAAUGCUUUUUUCCUCAGCCAAGUCAAAGAUACAGCUGUAUUUGCAUUCAGUGAGGAUGAAACGGUUCAGGAUCCGGCGACCUGGUCAGGCUGUUCGUCGACUGAUAUGGAUAAAGUACAGUCGACGCUACGUCAGGUGGCCCGAGAAUGGUCGACCGAAGGUGCAGAAGAGCGGGCUCAAAGUUAUGGAGUCAUUCUAGAAGAGUUACAACAGUUAUAUCCCAAUAUUGAAGACCGGCAUAAAAUCCGGGUUCUCGUGCCUGGAUGUGGUCUUGGACGACUACCGUUUGAUCUGGCGGCUCUAGGAUUCGAGGCUCAGGGUAACGAGUUCUCGUUUCAUAUGCUAUUCACAUCCAACCUCAUCAUGAACAUGUGUGAUUCCCGCAACAUGUUCCGAAUUCACCCAUAUAUCCACUCGUUUUCACACCAUCGCACUCGAGAUAACCAGAUCAAAGAAGUGCUUGUUCCUGAUAUCAGUCCACAUGUUCUCGCAGAACACAGACAAAUGGAUCCUACCAUCCCCGAAGAAGGGCUUCUCUCCAUGACAGCAGGCUCCUUCGACGAGAUAUACCCCAGCAAAGACGGAUCGCUAUUCAACGUCAUAACCACCGUCUUCUUCAUAGACACGGCGCCCAACAUUUUCCAGACUCUCAAAGCCAUCUCCGACACACUUGUUCCGGGCGGACUGUGGAUCAAUUUCGGGCCUCUUCUCUGGCACUACGAGGAUGUGGCAACCUCUCUCGACGACGACGACGACCGCAGCUGCGGAUUCGAGCUCUCACUCUCGGACCUCAUCGCCCUGAUCCCGAACUUCGGCCUCGAGCUCGUCAAACGCCGCUCCGACAUCCCUACCCGCUACACCUCGGGCAGCAGCGACGCCAUGGGCGGCUUCCUCUACCGCUGCGAAUACUGGGUGGCCCGCAAACUGUGA